AUGUCUACUCAAAAAGCCGUUAUCGUCACCCAACCCAAAGUUGCAGGUCUGGUCACUGACCGUCCUAUCCCUACUUUGCGAGAUGAUUACGUUCUCGUGAAGACCGUCAGUGUGGGCUUGAAUCCUACUGACUGGAAGCACGUCGAGUUUCUCUCUCCUCCCAAUGUGCUGAUCGGAUGUGAUUACUCCGGUGUCGUCGAGGUCGUCGGCAAGGACGUUGAGAAGCCCUGGAAGAAGGGUGAUCGGAUCUGCGGUUUCACCCACGGUGGAAAUGCCGUCCAGCCCGAGGACGGUGCUUUUGCCGAGUAUAUUGUCGUUAAGGGGGAUCUACAGAUGAAGAUCCCGGACAAUAUGAGCUUCCAGGAAGCUGCCGCCCUAGGAGCAGGUAUUCAGACUAUUGGCCAGUCUCUUUACCAGACCUUGGGCCUUGCUCCUCCCAUGCAGCCUUUGAAAGAUGCCACCGCAACUACUAUCCUUAUUUAUGGUGGUUCCUCCGCGACCGGUACCCUAGCGAUCCAAUUCGCUAAGCUGUCCGGCUAUACCGUGUUCACAGUCUGUUCACCUCACAACUUCGAUCUGGUUCGCAGUCUAGGCGCGGACGCCGUCUUCGAUUACAAUGAUCCUAGCUCUGCGGCCAAAAUCCGUGAGAAAACCAACAACGGCCUUAAGCUAGUCUUAGACUGUAUCUCCCUUCCAUCUACUGCCGAAUUCUGCGAGAAGGCUCUUUCCACCGAGGGUGGCGAGUACUGUGCACUCUUGACCGUGAAGGUCAAUCGCGAUAACGUCAACAGUCGCUUUAUUCUCGCCUACACCGUUCUCGGUGAAGCUUUCAAUUUCGGUGAUAUGGCUGUUCCCGCUAAGCCAGAAGAUUUCCAGCACGCCCAUGAGUUUACUCAAAUCGCACAAGGUCUUCUGGACCAGGGCAAGAUCAAGGUCCACCCUUUGAGCGUCAGAAAAGGCGGCCUGCAGGGUGUCUUGAAAGGAAUGGAGCUGCUCAAAGCUGACAAGGUCAGCGGCGAGAAACUGGUCUACAAUGUUGAUGAGACACCGUAG